AUGUCUGACACUGUUUACCCCGAAGUCCUCUGGGCUCAGCGAUCUUCCGUCGCCGACGCCUCCAAGAACUUCAUCUACCUCACCAUCACCGUCCCUGAUGUGCCCAAGGAUAGCCUCACCCUCGACCUCCAGCCUACUAAGCUCACCUUCACCGGUACCUCAUCCACUCUCAAGAGGAAGUACCACGUCGAGCUCGAGUUCUGGGGCGAGGUCGACCCCGCUGAGAGCAAGAUCAACCACACUGCCAAGAACGUUGAGAUUAAGCUGCAAAAGAAGGACCUUAAGGAGGAGUACUGGCCCAGAUUGCUCAAGGAGCCCAAGCGCAUGCAUUUCUUGAAGACCGACUUCGACAAGUGGGUUGAUGAGGACGAGCAGAACGAGGCCCCUGAGGACGACUUCUCUCAGUUCGGUGGCAUGGGUGGCAUGCCUGGUAUGGGCGAUAUGGGUGACAUGGGUGGCAUGGGCGGCAUGGGUGGUAUGCCCGGUAUGGGUGGUGACUUCGGCGGUAUCGACUUCUCCAAGCUGGGAGGUGCCGGUGCUGGCUUCCCCGGUGCCGAGGGAGGCGACGAACUCGACGACGAUGAAGAUGACGACGAUAUGCCUGCGCUCGAGGGUGACGACAAGAAGGAGGCUGCUCCCGCCGCCGCCGCUACCGAGAAGAAGGAUUAA